GAGAUUCCUCAAAAGACUAGGAAUAAAGGUUCAUUUGUCAGAGCUACUCCUCUUCUUGAUAUCCUGCUCAAAGACAUAAAAGCAUAUACCACAGUGAUACUCACACACCCUUGUUCAUAGUGGCACAGUUUGUAGUAGCCACUCUAGGAAACAGCUCAAGCGUGCGUAAGAACGGUCAUGGCAGCUUCAUAUUUCAGGGUAAACCCGGGAAACAGAAAAAUGGCCACCAGCAAAUGAGGGCUUGAACAAGUUGUGCUUCAUCCACACAAUGGCGUGGGAUGGUUCUGGUACGAACAAGCAAGCACAGCUGGAGCUGAGCUUCAAGAAGACUCACCAAGCAAUAUUGCUACUGAACCUCUACAACAUGCAAACGAUCCAGAAGUAGGGACACAGAGCACACGGUCUGUCUGGGAGCAUGGGAUGGGAGGACAGGAAGUGAUAGCUCUGGCCACAAGAAUGUGUACAAGGCUCCUUCAUCAGCAGGGGGUGAUGAUAUCCACAGCCUUGCAAAGACCUCGCCUGGCACUCAUUGCCUGCUGUCCCUCUUCAUAGGGUGUAAUGGUACUGAGUACUACGGUGUGUGACUAAGUUCAGUAACUAUGUGUAAAUAAGUAAUCACUCCAAUGCAUCUGAAAGGUAAAACCUGCUUUGAAUCCUCCACGUGUAGAUAGGCAGUGAUUAUAAUUGUACACUUUUACAUUUAGGAAGAAAAAUUAUUAUGGACAUUUGUGGUUUAUCACAACACUCCCUAUUGGAACUGCAAGAAAACUGACACCAACCCAUGAAAAAAGUCCUCCUAAAUUUGGACAGAUCACUAAGAAAUGAUGUUGAGCACCGCACCUUCACAGAAAAUGGACCCUCUGGAAGGAAGAACACACUUCACGACGUGCCUGCCACAUCUUAGGCCUCGAGGCACCAGCCUCAGGACCCCGCGCAGGGAAACCGUGUGGCAACGAGUAAGAGGAUGGUUCACUCAGCCCAGACGCUUCAGGACACUCACCAGGAAGCGCCCAACGGUCAUGGGCCACACAGGGCAGGGCUCUGCAGACCCAGGCCCCAUGUACCCAGAAACAAAUGGGAGCCCAGGACGGGUGUCCCUACAACUAGCGAUCAUCUGCACGGAGCCUCCGAGUCCGGUACAGGUCUGUCUGGACCUGACCAACACUAGUGGAAAUCAUUCGGCCGAGAGCCUGGAGGAGGUCUGCACCUUGAGCAUGGUGCAGGCAGAUGGGCCUCACACUCUGAUGGAGCCCCUGGAGCCGGCCUUCCUGGGCAGCAGCUGCCCUAGCCCCAGCCCCUCCCUCCUGGACUCCUCCAGCGCCACAGACAUUUCCAGCCUGCAGGCCCUGAUGCUGGCAAGGUCCACCUCUUCUGGCCUUGACUCCGCACUGGAGCUGCACUCCGAGGGGGAUCCCCCAGCUGAACUUCUAGACCAGCUGGAGCCUCCUGAGCCCCCUGAGGAAGAACUUCAGGCUGCAGGGCCGGCUCCAGCCUACGCUCAGGUCGCACCAGCAGAGCUCGUGCCAGUUCCACCGGCAGCUCCCUCAUCAGCUCGAGCCCCACAGCAAGAGCCGGAACCUGCAUCCCCUUCUCCACCAGCUGCUGACCUGCAACUCCCGGAGGCUCCACAGCAGGGCUCAGCUCUUCAGCUCUACCUGUGGGCAACUCUUGACCCACACCUGCCAUUCCCCUGUCUCGUAGAUUUGCUUUGCAUCGUAUCUCUUGCUAUCCUUAUUAACCAGAGCUAUGUCAAUGAUAGAAUUUAAAUAAAAUGUAAGGUUUAGUCUUGUUUAAAAGGCUUGCCGUGGCAUUAAAUGCAUUCUCAAUAGCGUACAACCUUCACCGCUGUCCUGCUCUAGAACAUUUUCCCCAAUUCUGUACCCAAAUGGAUCUCCUCCCCUCUCUGCUGCUGCUAGAUCCUGAACGCCAUCCAUCUCAUAUCCCUGUCAUUUCCCCAUUCUACACUUUUUCACAACACUGCAAUCACAUUGUGUUACAGAACCAGGGAGGGACUGUUUCAGCUUGAGUUUGCUAGAAAGGGAAGAUCCUAACUAGCUCCCAAGGAUUUCUCAACAAAUAGUUUCCAGUUCUUUUUGUCACACAAGAAAUAUUUAUCGCACUCAAAUGCAGAAUGCACUCUUGAGUGAAUAGUCAAUGAAAGGACAUACUGACAGUCAGCGCACCUAGGACCGGCAGCCACCCUGGCGGUGUCCCUCCUCCCUGUCUUUGCUGUGGGGCUCGGGUCUGUGUGGUUUUCUUCCUGCAUGGGGGGUGUGUAGGCCGCAGCUCUCCUGUCGGCUCAUGUACGCCCUGGAGACGUGGUCCAUUCUAGGAGGACUCUCCACUGGCAUUUUUGGAGGCCCUGACACACAGGUGUUUCAGCAACCUCUGCUCUGGACUUUUUCCAAUCUUUCAGCUCAUACCAGAGCUCAAGGAAACUUCUGCCACCCUAAAUCUCAUUUUCCAAGUUGGAUUCCCAGCAGUGGAGUUUCUGGCUCACAGUCACACAAGUGGGGACACGCAUGUGCUCUCCACUGGGGUGUCCCCAAGGCCUAGGGGUAGCACCCACGGUUCCCAGACACAGAGAUUCAUGGUGGCCUCUGGGAAAUGCAGUUGGACAGGGUCUUAGGAGGUAACGAGGACAGCUCACGCCUUUGUCACAGCUCAAACACAGAGGAACAGCUCAGCGCAGGCCCACCUCUCCUCCGUGAGGAGGGACAAACUUUCUCUAGGUUUUCCUUCAAUUUUGCCUUCAGAAUAGCAAAUCUCAGAGUACCAUGGGCAGCAGGAACUAUAGGUUCCUAGGGGAAUUUACUCCAGUUUUUCCCCUGUGGACACUGCAGAGGAAACGUCCUUAAAUUUCAUUCUGCUACUAGGCAUUGAACAUAACCAAGGGCUUCUCACUGACAUGCAGCAACAGCCCUUUGAAAGUUUUUUUUUUUUUUUUUUUUUUUUUUUUUUUUUUGAAAUUGUGACACAGAGUCUCCCUAAGUAGCUAAGUGGUCCAGGAUGAUCUUGGGUACAUCAUUCUCUUGCUUCAGGUUUCGAGAGUGCGGGCAUUGGAGCGGUGUGCCGUCUCUCGUGGCUCCUGGAAGCCUUUCUGAAAGACCGACUUCAAAUUUCAUCUCUGGACUCUGGCUGACCACUUUCAGGUCUUGAGUCAAUUUGGUACCUCUAGCAAGCGGUGUGGACUCCAGCAGAGGGCUAGGGAUCCCUGAGAGGCCAGCACCUGGCUGCACAUGUGCUCACUGGGUGACCAUCAUUCCAAGCCCACCCAGUCUGGGUGAAUGGCCACACGUUCUGCACUGACCUCCCUCCCACACUGGCUCCUCAUGUGCACAAAUCCCACUUUUCAGCAAGGUAACCUGGGCAGGUGAGGUAGGAAGAGCCUGGCCUAGUGAGACUGGCUCCCCUCUAGCCCCAAAACUCCUGCAGGAGGAGGGGUAGGAACUGCAGACUGCUCUGUGUCCUGAGUCUGUGCCCAUCAACACUUGCAGGAACCAUCUUAUCAGUCUCCAGGCUCCACCUGCAACCCACAACCUCUACCAGCUUGGCCUAGGCUCCCUCCACCACCACACAAAAACACCACGUCCGUGCCAAAUGCUGCCAGGCUCCCAAACUAUGCAUUUCGACCCACUGCAUUUGGCAUAAAGAAAGGACCUUCCACACGGAGCUUGUGCUGGCAAGGCCUGGGGGCAUGGGCUGGGUGCUCAGUACCAGCAACCUGGAAAACAAUGUAUGCUUGAAAGAUUGCACCCUCCUGCACCACAUGUGGCCUACCUUCCACUCUACACGUUCAGCAUGACAACUCAGCGCCAUGAAUAUCACUAUGCACCUCUUGCACUUACGAACAAAAAGAGUAGCACAAACAAAAUUUAAACACAAAACCAAGUUCUGACACCUGAGAGAAAAAAGAGUACAAAGUGAAGCAAAACCAGUUUGGAAAUUGCUGAAAGAAGUUCAGUGAGAAAUUUCACGUGACCCAGCUAUCCCACUUCUAGGAAUCUUCCCCAGAGAG